AUGGUUGUCAUGGUCCGUCUCCUCGCUACCGCUACCGCUGUGAUGGCCCUUGCCGUCGCUGCCAACCCUGUUGCCCAGGGCCCUGGAAUCAUCCAUGAUCCUGCCUGUGGCUCUCUCUGCGCCUUCACCGAGCCCCCUUGUCCCAAGGCUGUCUGCCACGAGAUCGACAAGGCCGACUCCACGGAAGUGGAGAGAGUUGUCUCCUCGGUUGUGGAGGUCAAGCAAACCAAGAAGAGUGUCGACGACAUUGCCAAGGGUAACAUCAACACGGAAGAUACUCUCCUUGCCAGAGACACCUUCACUCCCAUCAUCAACUACUUCAGCACCUCUUCCUUCUCCAAGCGUCACAUUUUCAAGAAAAGCGACAAGUCCGAGAAGGUCUGUAAGGGACAAGGCGUUACCUGCUACAACCGCAACCAGAAGGCCUUAACUAAGGACUGCAUGGAGAUAUACAAGCAUAUGGGCAAGACAGACGGCACCUGGACCUUCUCUGACCUUGAUCUCCGUGGCACCAAAUGGGUUGAGUUCAUGCGCAUCGGCACUUGUCUCGUCGCCGUCGGUUCUGAAUUCGCCAAUGUUCAAGGUUCCCCGAUCAAUGGCAAGAGUUCCAAGAUCGGCAACCUCGACAUGUUUGGCAUCUUCGCUCAGAGCUUCGAUCACUGCGGCAAGGACGGUAACAUGGAAGUCAGAGGCAGUAUCGGCUGCAAGGAAUUUCCACUCAGCUUCUGGAUCGUCGCAACGGACAAGUACGACUGUUGCAAGUCCGACCCGCCUCUGAAGCACGAUUAG